AUGGAGAUUUUCCUUCCAGCAGUGCUGGGCGAGCUCGCAACAAGAUCCGUGAGUUUCCUCAUCAACAAAUACUCCAAGCUGCCGGUGCAGGCCAUGGAGAUUAACCUGGAGAGGAUUCUACUCCGAGCGCAGGCCAUCAUCGAGGAGGCCGAGGGGCGGCACAUCACAAACCAAGGGAUGCUUCGGCAGCUCAGGAUGCUCAGGGAUGCCAUGUACCAAGGCUUCUACGUGCUCGACACACUCCGAUACAGAGCUUUUCAAGAAGAUGGCGCUGGAGAUAAUAAGGUUCGGAAUUACUCUUGGGCUCUGUCCAAAUUCAGCUCUGCAAAACGUCUCUGUCUAUCUAGCAGCAGCACAAAAGCUUCACAAGAACUUGUAGCUGAAAAUGUCCUUGACAAUUUGAGAACCAUGAUUCUUGAUGCCAGUGGCGUUGUGAGCGCCAUUACGGUGGUGUACGUCUCCUUCGGCACGCUCACCAGUUUCUCCCAUGCUGAGCAUCGCGAGAUCGCCCGCGGCCUUGACCUCGCCGGCAAAAACUUCGUGUGGGUGCUCGGUGGCAGCGAGGACGACCGGUCGGAGUGGAUGCCUGAUGGCUUCGCCGAGCUGACCGGCAACAACGACCGCGGCUUUCUCAUACGAGGGUGGGCGCCGCAGACGCUCAUCCUGAGCCAGCCGGCGCUGGGUGGUUUCGUGACGCACUGCGGGUGGAACUCGGUGCUGGAGGCCGUGAGCGCCGGCGUGCCGAUGGUGACAUGGCCGCGGUACGCCGACCAGUUCUACAACGAGAAGCUCGUUGUGGAAGUGCUCAAAGUGGGCGUCAGCGUCGGCGCCAAGGACUAUGCGUCGUGUAUGGAGACCCACGAGGUGAUCUCCGGCGAGGUGAUCGCUGGAUCCAUCACCAGAUUGAUGGGAGAGAGUUUGGAGAGCGACAGCAUACGGAACAAGGCCGAGGAGCUCUGUGUGAAGGCGAGGACCGCGGUGGAGAAAGGUGGAGGUUCCUACAAUGAUGUUGGGCGGUUGAUGGACGAGUUGAUGGCUGGUCGGAGUGCUGUCAAAGUGGGAGAAGAGAUCAAUGGAUUUUGA